AUGAGUUCUUCAGUAAGAAGGAAAGGCAAGCCAGGGAAAGGAGGUGGAAAAGGGUCUUCCAGAGGAGGAAGAGGAGGCAGGAGCCAUGCUAGUAAAUCUCACGGGGGCGGCAGCAGUGGCGGUGGCAUUGGUGGCAAUAGAAAGGCAUCAAGUAGGAUCUGGGACGAUGGCGAUGACUUUUGUAUCUUCAGUGAAUCAAGGCAUUCAUCCAGACCUAGUAACAGUAGCGUGAGAAAAGGGGAUGCACGCCCCAAAUGGAAGCCCGAAGCCAAAGUGCCCCUGCAGACUCUACAUAUGACUUCUGAGAAUCAAGAAAAAGUGAAAGCUCUUCUCCGAGACCUGCAGGAACAAGAUGUGGAUGCUGGAUCUGAAAGAGGUGUUUCUGGGGAAGAAGAAGAUGAUGAGCCUGAUUAUGAUGACGAGCAGUACUGGUCACCUGGACGAGAAGCUUCCCUGGUUCCUGACUCUGAUCCUUUGGAAUGCGCUGGCUCAGGCCUGGUGGAGCCGCACAGGCCGGAAUUUACAGUGUCAGCAUUUGCAGUGCACAGACUUUCCAGGUAUGGUUUCCACACUGAACACUGUCAGGCAGCGCUGAGGAUUUGCGAUGGAGACGUGGGGGCAUCACUGGAACACCUGCUCACCCAGUGCUUUUCCGAGACAUUUGGAGAGAGGAUGAAGAUAUCUGAGGCAGUUGCGCACAUAAGCUUGGAUGAGUGUGUGGAACAGCGACAGGAAGAGGCAUUUGCUCUCAAGUCAAUCUGUGGAGAAAAAUUUAUAGAAAGAAUUCAAAACAGAGUCUGGACCAUUGGAUUAGAACUGGAGUAUUUGACAAGUAAAUUCUGCAAACUCAAGCAAAAGGAAAGUACCAAAAAUAUACAGGAGGCUUCACUUGAAGUCUGCAAAUUUUACCUCAAAGGAAAUUGUAAAUUUGGAUCAAGGUGCAAAUUUAAACAUGAAGUGCCCCCAAAUCAAAUUGUUGGAAGAGUUGAAAGAAAUGUAGAUGAUUCUCAUCUAAAUGCUAAUGAAGAUGCAUCCUUUUUAUAUGAACUUGAAAUUCGAUUUUCUAAAGACCACAAAUACCCCUACCAAGCUCCCCUUUUGGCAUUUUAUUCCACCAAUGAGAAUCUACCUCUGGCUUGUCGUUUACAUAUUUCUGAGUUCCUUUAUGGCAAAGCCUUGACAUUUGCAGAAACUUCAGAACCUGUUGUAUAUUCUUUGAUAACUCUUUUAGAGGAAGAAUCAGAAAUAACCAAGUUACUAACAAAUACCCAUCACAAGUACAGUGUCCCUCCUGUGAACUUUGUGCCAGUAUCACCUGGAAUCAGACUAAAUAAUCCUGUCUGUCGUAAACCAGUGAUUCCAAGUAAUUCAUUUUUUUCUAAUCAAAUUCCAGAAGUUGAAAAAGAAUCAGAGCCUGAGGAGGAGACAGAUGAGGAUGAAGGUCCAGCACCAGUGAUGGUGGAGGAUGAGAGCUAUGUCAACCUUAAGAAAAAGAUUUCCAAAAGAUAUGACUGGCAGGCAAAAUCAGUACACGCUGAAAAUGUCAAAAUCUGCAAGCAGUUCCGAAUAAAACAGGCCUCCAGACAGUUCCAGUCAGUUCUACAAGAAAGACAGUCGCUCCCUGCUUGGGAAGAAAGAGAAAACAUUCUUAAAUUGUUGAGCAAGCACCAAGUGCUUGUUAUAAGUGGUAUGACUGGAUGUGGGAAAACCACACAGAUUCCACAAUUUAUUCUGGAUGACUCUCUGAGUGGACCACCUGAGAAGGUGGCUAACAUCAUCUGUACCCAACCCCGACGAAUCUCUGCCAUCUCUGUUGCUGAGCGCGUUGCUAAAGAAAGGGCAGAAAGAGUGGGUCUGACCGUGGGAUACCAGAUCCGGUUAGAAAGUGUCAAGUCCUCAGCCACCAGAUUGUUAUACUGCACCACAGGAGUGCUGCUAAGAAGGCUGGAGGGAGACACAGCUCUACAGGGAGUCACCCAUAUCAUUGUUGAUGAAGUUCAUGAGAGGACAGAAGAAAGUGACUUCUUACUGCUAGUUUUGAAAGACAUUGUGUUGCAGAGACCAACUCUUCAAGUUAUUUUGAUGAGUGCAACCUUAAACGCUGAGCUCUUUUCAGAAUAUUUUAAUUCCUGCCCAGUUAUCACUAUACCAGGUCGUACAUUUCCUGUUGAUCAGUUUUUUCUGGAAGAUGCAAUUGCUGUGACAAGGUAUGUGUUGCAGGAUGGGAGCCCAUAUGCCCGCUCCAUGAAACAGAUGUCAAAGGAGAAGCUCAAGGCCAGGCGCAGCAGAACCGCGUUUGAGGAGGUGGAGGAGGACCUGCGUCUCUCCCUGCACCUCCAGGAUCAGGAUUCUGUUAAAGAUGCGGUACCAGAUCAGCAGUUAGAUUUCAAACAGCUCCUUGCCCGCUAUCAAGGAGUUAGCAAAUCAGUCAUCAAAACAAUGUCCAUUAUGGACUUUGAAAAGGUCAAUCUUGAAUUAAUCGAGGCCUUGUUAGAGUGGAUUGUGGAUGGAAAGCACUCCUACCCUCCAGGUGCUAUACUUGUAUUUUUACCGGGACUAGCAGAAAUCAAAAUGCUAUAUGAACAGCUCCAGUCUAAUUCUCUUUUCAACAAUAGACGUAGUAAUCGAUGUGUAAUUCACCCACUUCAUUCAUCUUUAUCCAGUGAAGAGCAGCAGGCUGUGUUUGUAAAACCUUCUACGGGUGUAACUAAGAUUAUAAUUUCCACCAACAUUGCUGAGACAUCCAUAACCAUCGAUGAUGUUGUCUAUGUCAUCGAUUCUGGGAAAAUGAAAGAAAAGAGAUAUGAUGCCAGCAAAGGGAUGGAAAGUUUAGAGGAUACUUUUGUCUCUCAAGCCAAUGCCCUGCAAAGAAAAGGUCGAGCAGGUCGUGUAGCGUCUGGGGUCUGCUUCCAUUUAUUCACCAGCCAUCACUUCAAUCACCAACUUCUAAAGCAGCAGCUACCAGAAAUACAAAGAGUGCCUUUGGAACAGCUCUGUCUGAGAAUUAAAAUUUUAGAGAUGUUUAGCACUCAAAAUCUCCAGUCUGUGUUCUCUCGGCUCAUUGAACCCCCGCACACUGAUUCUCUCCGUGCCUCAAAAAUACGAUUACGAGACUUGGGAGCAUUAACUCCAGACGAAACACUGACCCCUCUAGGGUAUCACUUGGCCUCUCUGCCUGUAGAUGUGAGAAUCGGCAAACUAAUGCUGUUUGGGUCUAUCUUCCGAUGUUUGGAUCCUGCUCUCACCAUUGCUGCCAGCUUAGCUUUUAAGUCUCCUUUUGUAUCUCCCUGGGACAAAAAAGAGGAAGCUAACCAGAAAAAGCUAGAAUUUGCAUUUGCAAACAGUGAUUAUCUGGCCCUUCUACGAGCAUAUAAGGGAUGGCAACUAAGUAUGAAAGAAGGUAUGCGUGCAAGUUAUAAUUACUGCAGACAAAACUUCUUGUCAGGAAGAGUUCUUCAGGAAAUGGCAAGCCUGAAACGACAGUUCACUGAACUGUUAUCGGACAUAGGCUUUGUUAAGGAGGGACUCCGAGCAAGGGAAAUUGAGAAAAGGGCCCAAGGAGGAGGAGAUGGUAUAUUGGAUGCCACAGGAGAAGAGGCAAACUCAAACGCUGAGAACCCCAAGUUGAUAUCAGCAAUGCUGUGUGCUGCUCUGUAUCCAAACGUAGUGCAGGUGAAAAGCCCAGAGGGGAAAUUUCAGAAGACCAGUACUGGAGCUGUCAGAAUGCAGCCAAAAUCAGAUGAGCUGAAGUUUGUCACCAAGAACGAUGGAUAUGUACACAUUCACCCUUCAUCGGUGAACUAUCAGGUCAGACACUUUGACAGUCCCUACCUGGUGUACCACGAGAAGAUCAAAACGAGUCGCGUGUUCAUCCGAGACUGCAGCAUGGUGUCUGUGUACCCACUGGUCUUGUUUGGAGGAGGCCAGGUGAAUGUGCAGCUCCAAAAGGGAGAGUUUGUUGUUUCCUUGGAUGAUGGUUGGAUCCGCUUUGCAGCCGCUUCCCAUCAGGUGGCUGAAUUAGUAAAGGAACUUCGUUGUGAACUUGACCAGCUCCUCCAGGAUAAGAUAAAAAACCCAAGCAUAGAUCUGUGCACCUGUCCUCGAGGGUCACGGAUCAUCAGCAUGAUUGUGAAACUUGUCACCACACAGUAA